AAAUAUAUUGAAAAUUAAUAAUAAUAUACAAAUUAGAAUUACAAACCCUAGUUUCUACUUUUUCUCCAAUUCCCUCGGUCCCUCCCUCUCCAGGUCGCCCACGCCUCCCUCUCAAUCCAGUGCGCCGGCGAAGGGAAGUUACAGCCUUCGACACUCUCGCUAGAUAGCCGAAUUUAGGAUUUUCAAUUUAGGGGUUUAGGGUUUACGUUUCUCAGAAUAACUCUUCAAGUCUGAAUCAAUACGAUAACAGAUUCAACCUCGGCGCCUGCGAAUUACUACUACUGAAGAUGGGGAAAGCGAAGAAAACUCCUAAAUUUGCUGUUAUGAAGAAAAUCGUCACCCAUAAAGCAAUUAAACAGUACAAGGAGGAUGUCUUGAACCCUAACAGGAAAGACUUGACCAAGGAGAAACUCCCCCGCAAUGUGCCGCAAGUUUCAUCAGCGCUUUACUUCAAGCACAAUACUGCUUUAGGGCCGCCAUACCGAGUAUUGGUGGAUACUAACUUCAUUAAUUUCUCCAUCCAAAAUAAAUUAGAUUUGGAGAAAGCAAUGAUGGACUGCUUGUAUGCAAAAUGCACUCCUUGCAUUACUGACUGUGUUAUGGCCGAGCUUGAGAAGUUGGGUCAGAAAUACCGAGUUGCUUUGAGAAUUGCAAAGGAUCCUCGAUUUGAAAGGCUUCCCUGUAUUCACAAAGGAACCUAUGCUGAUGAUUGUCUUGUUGACAGGGUUACACAGCACAAGUGCUACAUUGUUGCAACCUGUGAUCGGGACCUGAAGAGGAGAAUCCGUAAGAUCCCUGGCGUGCCAAUUAUGUACAUUACAAAGCACCAAUAUUCCAUUGAACGGCUACCUGAGGCUACCAUUGGUGGUGGUAGGAUAAAUCAUUCGUUGUCGACAUGUUUUCUAUACUCAUCUUUGAAGUUUCGCAUCUCUUGAUUCCCUUUUGCUUUCCAUUUGCUACCUGCACAGCUCCAAGAGUCUGAAACUAGGGUCUUCUGAAGUUGAAAGUCUCCGGUGCUCGUUUACUAGAAGAAACUCCCAACUUGAGACGGCAAGAGUUAUCCGUGCAUUGCAAUUGCCUUGCUGCUGAAUACGCAAGCGAAACGAGGAGGGUGGCUGAAACUUAAUAGUAAAAGAGCCUGUUCUGAAACAUUGUUUCAAUACAGCUGUUGUAAUGUAGUUGAUAUUUGGUGCAAUCUUUAGCCUAAUUAUAGUAAAGCAACAUCAAAUCUUGUUACUUCUGUUACUCCCAACAUCAACUUAUGCAAUGGCAAAACAACAUAUUUAUUCACA